AUAUUCCGGGCAAUCACUAUCCCCGAUAGGCCCCGCUGCAUUCUGGGAGUUGUAGUCUCUAGCGACCGGCCCCGCCCCGUGUGCAGCUUUCGCGGCCUGCGUCUGGACAAAACCCUAGCGGGUGGCUCCGCGCGGCCAGAGCUCUGGAGAGUGGUGGCGCCUGCCAACCUUCGUCCCCCAGCCCUGGUGGCCGGCUCCGCCUCUUCUCGAAUCUUUUCCACAGCCCAAAAUGGCGGCGGAAGUGUAUUUUGGCGAUGUAGAGCUGUUCGAGCCGUUCGACCACCCAGAGGAGUCGAUUCUGAAGCCCGUUCAUACUCGCUUCAAGGACGAGGACGGCGACGAGGAGGACGAAAAUGGGGUCGGCGACGCGGAACUACGGGAGCGGCUUCGGCAGUGCGAGGAGACCAUCGAGCAGCUCCGCGCCGAGAAUCAAGAACUUAAACGAAAAUUGAACAUUCUAACUCGACCAAGUGGAAUAUUGGUGAACGAUACUAAGUUAGAUGGACCUAUAUUACAGAUUCUAUUCAUGAACAAUGCUAUUUCAAAGCAAUAUCAUCAAGAAAUAGAGGAAUUUGUAUCAAAUUUAGUAAAAAGAUUUGAGGAACAGCAGAAAAAUGAUGUGGAAAAGACUGCCUUUAAUCUUUUGCCCCAGCCAUCCAGUAUUGUGCUAGAGGAGGACCACAAAGUGGACGAGUCCUGUGCCAUUAAGAACAGCAAGGAAGCUUUCAGUGUUGUAGGAAGUGUCCUGUAUUUUACUAAUUUUUGCCUUGAUAAAUUGGGGCAACCGCUUCUAAAUGAAAACCCUCAGCUUUCCGAAGGAUGGGAAAUACCCAAGUACCAUCAAGUCUUCAGCCACAUUGUUUCUCUAGAAGGGCAAGAAAUACAAGUAAAGGCAAAAAGGCCAAAGCCUCACUGUUUCAAUUGUGGUUCUGAAGAACACCAAAUGAAAGAUUGCCCAAUGCCUCGGAAUGCUGCUCGAAUAAGUGAAAAGAGAAAAGAGUAUAUGGAUGCCUGUGGGGAAGCAAACAAUCAGAAUUUCCAGCAGCGAUACCAUACAGAAGAAGUAGAAGAAAGAUUUGGAAGAUUCAAGCCAGGAGUUAUUAGUGAGGAACUUCAAGAUGCACUAGGUGUGACAGACAAGAGUCUUCCACCUUUUAUCUAUCGGAUGCGUCAGCUAGGGUACCCACCAGGGUGGCUCAAAGAGGCUGAAUUGGAGAAUUCAGGGCUUGCACUGUAUGAUGGAAAAGAUAGCACUGAUGGGGAAACAGAAAUUGGAGAAAUACAGCAGAAUAAAAGUGUCACUUAUGAUCUCUCAAAAUUGGUCAACUAUCCUGGUUUUAAUAUAUCUACUCCCAGAGGAAUUCCAGAUGAAUGGAGGAUCUUUGGUUCCAUACCAAUGCAGGCAUGUCAGCAGAAGGAUGUGUUUGCCAAUUACCUUACUUCUAACUUCCAAACGCCAGGUGUGAAGUCUGGCAGCAAGAGGUCUUCAUCUCACUCUAGCCCAGGUAGUCCAAAGAAGCAGAAGAAGGAAAGCAACUCAGCAGGAUCCCUGGCCGACAUGGAGCUCGAUUCGGAUGUGGAGGUACCACAUGGUUCUCUUGAGAGCGAACCUUUUCAGUUUCCAACCACCACUACCUCCCUGACACUCCCCUCCACCUCCGGGAACUCCUCCGCCCCGUCUUCACCCCCCUCCACUCCCAAGGGCACCUUGGCUGCUGACUCUGUGCACUCACUCCCAGACCAGAACAGCAUCUGA